GGACAACAUUCGUUUUCAAUCGUAACAAAGCAGUCAGGUAAAGAGCAAGUCACAAGUGAAACAGUUUUCGUUCAUAAAAAGUUUAUUUUUGUAUUGUUAAUUGCUUAAAACCAAACAAUAAUGAAAUUCCAAUAUAAAGAAGAACAUCCAUUCGAAAAACGCCGUGCUGAAGGUGACAAAAUUCGUAGGAAGUACCCAGACCGUGUACCUGUCAUCGUAGAGAAGGCACCCAAAGCUCGCAUUGGUGAUUUGGAUAAGAAAAAAUAUUUGGUUCCUUCUGAUUUAACUGUUGGACAAUUUUAUUUUUUGAUUCGUAAACGUAUUCAUUUGCGCCCCGAAGAUGCUUUAUUUUUCUUUGUUAACAAUGUAAUUCCACCAACAUCUGCAACCAUGGGUUCCCUUUAUCAGGAACAUCAUGAAGAGGAUUACUUCUUGUAUAUCGCUUAUUCAGAUGAAAAUGUUUACGGCAAAGUUUAAGCAUUUAUUAAACACUUCACUUAAAACUGAUAGCUGGCUAAUGAUGAAUGUAUUGGUGGAGAAUGGCUUAAAAGGAAAUUACUACAAUUUUCAUUAAAUUAAUAAUUAUAUUUACAAAUAAAAGUGUUUAAAUUUAUUAUAU